AUGGCUCCCGCAGGCCUUCGACAGUGUAUGCACGAUGUCAGCCCGUAUCUGCUUGUCUUGAUCGCUGUCUCGACGUUGGGCCCCCUGCAGUUUGGCUUCCAUUUGGCCGAACUCAAUGCCCCUCAAGAUGUUCUCACCUGCCGCAAGAAGUCUAUUCAGGCCAAGACGACCAUGUUGAAGUGGGUGCACUCCAAGUCGCCCGAGACGAACGGCUGGCUUCCCGACUGUAUCCCCAUGACAGACGCUGUCUUCGCAACCGUCUCCUCCAUUUACACUGUCGGCGGUCUGGUCGGUGCCCUUUGCGCUGGUCCCUUCGCUUCUAAGCGUGGUCGUCGCCCGGCCAUGCGAAUCACCGCCAUCCUCUUCAUCAUUGGUGCUGUUAUCGAGACGCUCGCCGGCAAUGCUCCUGCCCUGGCCAUCGGUCGCUUCUUCACUGGUACCGCAGCGGGUGCCUCAACCGUCAUCGUGCCGUUAUACAUCAGUGAGAUUGCACCGCCCAAGGAACGCGGCCUGUUUGGUGCCAUGACCCAGGUUUCCAUCAACGUCGGCAUCUUAAUUGUCCAAACACUGGGCUUCUUCUUGAGCUACGGAAAGGCUUGGCGUUGGAUCCUGGCUGCGGGCAUCUUCAUCGCCCUGGCUCAGGCUUCUGGCCUCCUUCUUGUCCCCGAGAGCCCGGCUUGGUUGGCUGCUAAUGGUGAUGCGCCGAAAGCCCGUCGCACCCUACAGCGCAUCCGCGGCAAGAACUUUGACAUCAAGGAAGAGGUUGAUGCCUGGGACGCCGAUAACGCAGUGGCCGAGACAGAAGGUCUGCUGAACCCCCAGGGCGAAGCGACGCCUCCCGCAUCUCCUGGCCUGCCUAAGAAGAGCUCCCCCGUCCAUCUUGGCUUCUUCGAGGUGAUUAAGGAUCCGCUUUACAGACCCGCCAUCGCUGCUGUUGUUGGCAUCAUGUUCGCCCAGCAGCUGUGCGGCAUUAACUCGAUCAUCAUGUACUCUGUGUCUCUCCUGACGGACCUCCUCCCUGUCAGCUCUGCCUUGCUUACGAUUCUGAUCUCUGUUGUCAACCUGAUCACCACCGCCGCGUGCUCCCCGUUGCCCGACAAGCUUGGAAGAAAGCGGUGUAUCCUGAUCUCCAUUAUUGGCCAGGGAACCAGCUCCCUGAUCCUCGCUCUCUCGAUUAAGUUCGGAUUCAAGAUUGUUUCCGCCGUCUCUGUUGUGUCGUUUGUUGGUUUCUUUGCAGUCGGACUUGGACCAGUGCCCUUCAUUCUUGCAUCAGAACUGGUCGGACAGGAGGCUGUUGGCGCUACCCAGUCUUGGUCCCUUGCUGCUAACUACAUUGCGACAUUUUUGGUUGCUCAGUUCUUCCCGAUUGUCAACAACCUCCUCAACCAGAUGUUUGGUGGCGCAGGCUGGGUGUACUUCCUCUUCGCCGGGUUCGCGUUGCUUUCUGCCCUUUUUGUAUCUGUCAAGGUUCCCGAAACAAAGGGAAAGAAGGAUGCCGACGAGGUCUGGGGAAGGGCUCGUCGUUUGGACUAA